CUAAAAACUGGCUGUCUCCUGUCACAAAAAUGACAUUUGAAUAUUUAUUUUAUUUUCAAGAACUGUAAAUAAUUAUAAAUGGUAAUGUUAAUAUUUAUUUUCGUUAAGAUGCCUAUUUAAAUAUUGUUCAAUAUACCUAUUAGCUUCAUCAAAUUUAAGAGCUAUGAUUAAGUACUGGUUUAAAGUUGAGUAGAUAAACAAAUUAAAUUUAAUAAAACAAAUGAUUCUAAGAAUACCGUUUUGUAGAAGCUCCAGGGCAUGGAGGUCAGUCAAAGUGCGGUCAUAUUCUUGGAACCAUGAAAGCAAUAUAAAACGUUUAUGCAAGUACCUAAAUGUGAAUGAAACUAAAGCAGAGUAUAUGCUGUUAAAAAAUCCAGUUUUAAAUAAAUUGGAUACUGCUAGAAUAAAAAAUGUGAUCGAAGUAUUGUACAAACAUGGAUUUCGUAGAGAAGUUCUUAUUGAAGAACCAUCACUGUGCAGUAUAUUGCCUGUGACUCUUAAUUUUCGAUUCCAAGUGUUGCAAGAAUGUGGAGUAGACAACAUAACAGCAUCCCAUUUACUUUCACAUUUGACUAUAAUGAAACAUAAAACGAUUGGGGAAUUAAAAGAUUCUAAAAUAAUACCAACAACUGUAAAUGUUGAAAACAGACUUGCAAGCUAUAUGACCCAAUGGCCAACAUCACUUACAACUUUAGUAUAUGGAGAUGUAAAUAAAAUGACUUUGUAUGCAUUGAGGCUUAAAAUACUUCAAAGAUACUUAGAACUUGUCUUAGAUGUAAGUCAAAAUGAAUUUGAAAGAGGGUUGCAGACAUACCCUACUAUCAAGCAUCGUCCACUGCAAGCUAUCAAUAAGACAUUGAACAUAUUAAAAGGACAGAUUCUUAUGAAAAAUGAAAAAAUCAAAUCUAAUUUUUAUUUAGUGCACAUUGAUCCAGAAAAUUUAGAAAACAUCUUAUACAAUCUAAGAUCUAUAGGAGGGAUUGAUAUAAAAGAGGUAAUACAAAGGUUCCCAAAGUUAGCCAUUAAAAACUGCACAACAAUGCUAGAAAUAAAAAAAUUAUUAGAAGAAUAUGGAAUUGGUAAUGAAGCCCAAAAAAGAUGUUUUGAGAUAUAUACAUUGAGUCCCAGUACAAUAAAGGAGAGAUUAGAAAAAACAAAAAGUAUUCCUGAGUUUAAUGCAUUUUAUAACCAUCCAAGGUUUCUUAAAAUGAUACAUUAUAAUACAAAAGCAUACAAAAGACUGAUGAACUUGUAUAACAAUAACAAAAAAUGCUUGAGCCUAAAUAUACUUUCAGGAUCUUCCUCGCAUUAUGAGGUGUAUGAAAGAGCUCCAGGUGACCGCUUAGGAAAGGGCAAAGAUCUUCUCUUUUGUAUAUCUCAAUCCUUGGGUAAUCUUUACAGUAUAAAUGAUAUAGGGAAAAUAAUUAAAAGACACCCAUUUUGGCCAUAUAUACCUCUAGUCCAAGUUAAAUAUGUCCACAACCAACUUUGCAGUGAAUUUACAGCAAAUGACAUUUUUGAAAAUUGUACUAUUCUCCUAUAUCCAUGGAAUAAAAUUUGGCACAUUAUAAAUCUGCUUAACACAAAGAAUACUACUGGUACAGAAAACCUAUCUCAUGAACUACUAGAUAUGAAAUUACUUAAUAAGUCUCAAAAACUUAGUUUGAUUUUAUAUACGCUUGAAAGGAAUCAUUAUUUUUCUGGAAAUGGAGUGUGGUCUGAAGAAAAACAUAAAAAUAUUGUUGAUUUGUCAAAAGAACUGGAAAGUAAUAAGUCAAUCCUUUAAGAAGAAAAAUAUAUUAUGUAGAAAUCUGA